AUGUCGUACACUCUGAUGUCUGAUGAAGAUUAUCAGGCACUGUUGGCUUACACACCAUCCUCUUUCAUCAUUCCGGAUGAGGAUGAGGUGCCAGUGUUCCCUCUGGUAACUUCCUGCAUCAUCUGUCUGCUGGGAGUCUUGGGAAACGUGCUGGUGAUGUGGAUUGCCCGAAGAGAAAUGAAGAAGACGGUUAGCAUGAUGUGGCUGUUAAACCUAUCGGUGGCUGACUUCAUUUUCACUGCCAUGUUGCCCUUUUCCAUUGUUCAACUAGCUCUCAAGACCCAUUGGCCAUUUGGAAACUUCAUGUGCAAGCUCGUCAGUUUCACAAAUCACCUGAACAUGUUUGCAAGUGUCUUUGUCCUGUCUGUGAUCAGCCUGGACAGGUGUAUCUCAGUCAUGUUGCCUGUUUGGUCUCAGAACCAUCGAACUGUUAAGUUUGCCAAAGGGGUCUCUCUGGUCGUGUGGAUAUUGGCAAUAGGAGCCAGUGUUCCCUUCUUCCUAGUCCGUGAAACUGAAGAAGACACACUCAUAGGAAAGACCUAUUGCUUCUACAGCCUGGACCUCGACCACCUGACAGCUUUAAUAGUGAUCAGGUUCUUUCUGGCCUUCCUUAUCCCUUUCUUUACCAUUGCUACGUGCUACAGCAUCAUCGCAGUCAAAGUCAGACGCAGGUGGAAAAAGACCUCCGGCAAAUCAUGCAAACUUGUCGCUAUGAUCAUACUGGCAUUCUUUAUUUGUUGGAUACCCUUCCAUGUGUUGACCAUUAUACAUGUUAUGUCGGAUGAGGAAUUUAGUGUCUGGUUGCCCACAGUCACCAGUCUGGCCUAUGCAAACAGUUGCAUCAACCCCAUCCUGUACGUAUUCACCGGCCAUGGGUCAGCCUUUCACUUCAAGAAAAGAAUCCAGAUGGCACUGAGAGCAUUGCAUGAGGAGUUAAGUUACAGUGGAUCCAAGUCUGAGACUAGGCCGAGCAGAGGCACUGUCUAAUAGUGGUCCCGAUGAAGAUGAUCAGUUUUGUUGACAUACUGUGCUAUCCUCUCUUUGAUGCACCAGUACACAUCUCACUUCUACUCAAU